AUGACCACUCAAAUCAUGGACACCAAAGAAGCGAUCGUGGCCAACGCCUCCUACCACUCGCGCCUCCUCAACACCAUAUCCUCUUUAGAGUACGUCCCCGCCGCGCGGAAGCACCAAGCGGAAUACGUCAAGGACCUCGAAGGCCAGCUCGCGGCAGGGAAGAAGAGGGUGGCGGCGCUCGCUGAGAAGACGAAGAAAGAGCGGAAGGAGCACGAGGACCUGAGAGACUCGACCGCGAGGCGGCUUGCAGCGAAACUCACUGGGAGGAGAGAGAAGUGGGAAGAGAAGGAGAGCAAGGAGGAGAGGGAGUACGUUGAAGCAUUGGAACGCGAGAUAAACGAGAGAGAGAGCCAGAGCUCUAUCGAGAUGCUACGCGAGGAAGGGAAGAACGUAAUGAUAGACCUGACGGAGAAAGAAACGCUGUAUGAGUCUGCGAAGGCUGAGCUACAAGUUCUAUACAGUCGUAUUUUCGAUGGACCCACUCAAGAUUUCCCAGAGGACGAUCGCCUCGAAUAUGACCUCGAUGCAGCGCUCAAACGAUAUAGCGAGCUACAAGCGCGAUUGAACGCCGAGAGCCGCGCGGCGGAGCUCCUCGCACGGGCAGCACGCUGCAUGCAGAGCUGUUCCGACAACGUGCAGGAAGCUCUAGGUUAUUCACGAUAUGAUAUGUGGGGAGGAGGAUCGAUGGCCGACAUGAUGGAACGCAAUGCAUUGUCGAAUGCCCGAGGGAACGCGGCGCAGGCAGAGAUGUUCGUAGAGCAGGCAAAGAGCUUCUCUCCGGCCAUUAGGCCAAUAAGGAGAGUUCACAUCGCGGAGGGGUCACUGCUGGGCGACGUCCUCUUCGACAAUAUCUUCACUGACAUAGCGUUCCAUACGAAGAUCAAAGAAUCUGCCGCUGAAGUCCUUCAAGCCAAUAAAAGACUAAGGGAAGAACGAGAGGCUGCACGACGACGCGCCGACGCCGUAGGCUACGAAGUGAGCGAGGCAGCGAGACUUCUCGACACACGUCGGAAGGAGCUGGACCACUUCAGGCGGGCGACCUUCGAGAGCUUUGUCGCCCAAAACCCGCCACCGCCCGAUUACGAUAAUAUCGUCGCCAAACCAUCCAACCAGCCGUCUGGUGCACCACCAGCAUUCCCUGUCCCGAACGUCGCUCCCAGCGCUGAGGGUGACGCCGAAAUGUCGACGGUACCGUUGACAGCCUCACCACAGCCACAGGCAGCAACAUCCUCCACUGCCGGAAUCGGGAUGUUGGGAGUCCAGAUGCCGGAGCCAGAGCACCAAGCGCAGAGUCAGAAGCCGGGUUUGGGGUGGGGAAGCAGGAACCCCUUCGCCGCUGCGAUCGCUGAGCAGACGAGGAAAUUAUCGGUAGACUAA